AUGGAAGGUGAUGAAGCUACCGUUGAGACGACGGUCUCGGCGGAUCCCGAUCCUGAAAAAAAUGAAGUCGCUUCGAUACUGGAUGUUCGACAAAUCGCCGGCAGUUUAUUGCGAAAACAAGUUGGCAAACGGCCUUUGCUUUUACUGGUUGCAGGUUUCGUGUUGCUAGUUGCAGUACAUAGAGCCCUAGCUUCUCGUGGCUUACUGAGCUUUAUGAGUUCGACUUGGCAAAGAGCUGAUCGCCUACUGGGGAAAGGGCAGGAGCGUGGCGAUUGGGGACUAUGUUCACUUGAACACUUUGAACAAGAGCUUUCUCCGUCGCUAAUGGAGGGCAAGAAGUCGCUUGCUGCGUUGGCUUCUAAAGUAAGAGCCCAUGAUGAUGAUAAAGCGGUUUGGCCUUACCAGCGUGCACUUGCAUGGGCUCUUUCGAACAACACCAAGGGCAGUCUGGUUGGAAUGACAAUUUCUCUACGGAAUACGAAACCUUUAAACAGGACCAUUAUAGAGGGACAUUUGCCCCAAGAGCUGCGCGUAACUAGCAUAGUGGGCUAUUUCCGCUGGAAUUUGGUGGUGAAUGCCGAAGACGUAGAGACCAAAAAGGAAUUUUCCGUCAGUAUCCCCGUUAUUUCGGAUUCGGAUGCGUAUAGCUUCAUCGAGGAUGGGAUUGAGAAAUAUGUGGAGGUUGCGGCUGAGCAGGAGAAGAAGGCAAUGCUGCAAGCUUGUGGCAAUAUUCCAGCCAAAUUGGCGGCUUCACAGAAGGGCAUAGCACUCCCGUAUUACACUGGCCAAAUACUAGGGUUGGACAAUAUUCACCAAGCUGGGGGAUACAAGGUACUUAGCAGUGUAGCAGUGAUGGAAAAGGUUGUGGGGAGCCUUGGCAGUGCGUUUUCUGUAGGGACAGUGGACGAAAACGCGCUGAAUUAUAUCGCUCAUCGUUUGUUGCAGAUAGUGCUGAAUUUUGAGCGUUCUGGAGUUGGCCAUACGCAGCUUGCUUGGGAGUCCCUCUGGCUGCGUGAAGACGGCUCUUUUCUGUUGGGAAAUUUCGGAAGUUGUGCCCCUGUUGGAGAGCAGAAAGCCCGCUUAAGCGGCCGUCUGAGCUUGAAUCUAGAACCUACUGUUAUGACUCGCUAUGCAGAGUCCGAUAAACUUAUUAUUGAUGAUCAGGCAAACUUGUGGAGUCUCGGGAUUCUCCUAUUUCAGCUUUACGGAGGCGUUGAGCACCCCUACGAACAGCUGGGGGGGGCGGAGUGGAGCGAUCAACCAGAGAAACUCGCACAACGGCUGUUGAAAGAAGGGAUACGUUCUGAAUUUCUAGUCCCGCAGUUGCAACAGAAGCAAUUCCCACUGAGGUGGGGAGGCCUUAUUUUGCGUCUACUGGAGCCCGAUAGGGCUAACAGGAUAACUGGCUCCCAAAUUAUGACCCAAUUUGCAGACCUCAUCAAGCCCCAAUCUGUCGCAAACGAAUAA